AGUGAUGUUGAAUGUAAGUGCGAUUAUUUCCACUCAUUUUAGUUUGUCUUAUGUGGAUUACUUAACCAUCGACGCCAGAGGUACGGACAUUGGUGAAACUGGUAAUUAGUAAACAUGGUGGAUCCAGCAGUAGUGGGCAUUAUCGGACAUUCAUAUGUGAGACGUUUAGAACGAUUUGUGUUACAAAACCAAAUGUAUAAGAACCUGUCGUUGGAUGAAGACCUCUACAGAGUUUAUUUGCGGGGUCAGGGAGGUUUGACAGUCCGUGGUCUGUCCAACUCGCCAAAUCUGUGCAUGUUUCCUAUAGUUCCUACAGUGUGUUUUUUGGACAUCGGGGGAAAUGAUGCUACAACUCAUCCAGCGGUGGAUAUUUCUAAGGACAUUGUUUCGUAUGCGAAUUAUCUUGUACAUGGACUUGGCGUGGUUAACGUCGUUAUUGGUCAGCUACUUCGCCGCGACCCAAGGAAAUCCCCGGCAGGCUACAACGACGAGGUUUUCAAAAUAAACACGCAUUUGGAACUUUUAACGUCUGGACUUCUCCAUGUUCACUUUUGGAAGCAUAGAGGAUUUUGGGCUGACUUGUCCUACCUGGGGCGCGAUGGAGUCUACUUGAGAGAGGAAACUGGUGCUAAUCCUCCAAUACCAAUGGUGAAAUACAUGAGGAACAUUAAAUAUGCUGUGCAUCAUAGAAUACAGAAAUUAAAGGCCAGUAAUUAUUGAAUUUGUUAAGAAUUCACUUGAAUGAAAUCAGGCUAAUUUAUGUGACUUUUAAUUAAAAUGAUUACAAAAUCAGCCAUAAUUCAAUUUAUAAACAUUAAAAGUUCAAUCAAUAUCUAUAAAAAUAUUAAGCUUUACCAGUUUGGUACAAGAAUGAGUAAGUUAUAGUCACAUAAUUUUUAAUUGUAUUCUGACGCCUGGUUGUUUUCUAAGUAAUUUUACUCAGACAUGUGCGAAAUUGAUACUUGUCUGCUUUCUAAGUAAUUUUACUCAGACAUUCACAGAAUUUAAAAGUGUAU